AUGCGGCAGACAGAGGUUGCCAGCGGUGUUGAGCAGCCUCCAGACGGAAGCGGCGAUGCAGCCAUCAGGAGAGAAAUGAAGAGAGGAGAAGGUGGUUCGAACCCACUGAGUACAGUAGCAGCAGCAACAGCGGAGAGGCACUUGCUAUGGUCCCCGUCGACAGCUCCGUCUUCAACAGCAACGACACAACGGCGGCUGGAGGUGAGAACCCGACAGCACCCGAAAAUCGCCCGCUAUCCCCCGUUGACCUUCAGUAUCUCUGGUCAUGGUAGAUGUCAUCGGUGGUCUUGGUUGAUCGGAACAACAAGGGAGUCGGGUGGUGGCGGCUGGACAAUGGAGGAAGGAGGUGGCGGCUGGUGUUUAGAAGUAGGGUUAGGGUUAGGGUUGAGAGGGUGA